AUGACAGCUCCUUCCAUAAACAAGCUGCCUAAAGAUUUUCUGUGGGGUUUCGCAACGGCGUCAUUCCAGAUCGAAGGUUCUACGUCUGUUGAUGGGCGCGGUCCUUCCAUUUGGGACGACUUUGCCAAGACACCAGGCAAGACGCUUGACGGACGCGAUGGUGAAGUUGCCACGGAUUCAUACCGUCUGUGGAAAGAGGAUGUAGCGCUACUGGUCGAGUACGGCGUCAAAGCCUACCGUUUCUCUAUCUCCUGGAGUCGAGUGAUUCCUUUAGGCGGCAGGGAUGAUCCGAUUAACGCGAAGGGCAUCGAGUUCUAUAACAAUUUGAUUAACGAGUUGUUAAGGAAUGGAAUUGUUCCGUUCGUCACGCUGUAUCAUUGGGACCUCCCUCAAGGUUUGCAUGACCGCUAUGGCGGAUGGCUCAAUCAGGCGGAGAUUACGAAGGAUUAUGCCCGGUACGCUAGGGUGUGCUUCGAAGCAUUUGGCGAUCGCGUGAAAUACUGGCUUACUAUAAACGAGCCCUGGUGUGUCUCUGUUCUAGGAUAUGGCCGAGGGGUUUUCGCUCCCGGAAGAUCCAGUGACCGCGAACGCUCAGCCGAGGGUGAUUCUAGCCGAGAGCCGUGGAUUGUUGGCCAUAAUGUACUUCUCUCCCACGCUGCAGCUGUGAAGCUCUACAGGGAAGAAUUCAAGCCGAAUCAGGGCGGUCAAAUUGGAAUAACUCUCAAUGGUGACUGGCAGAUGCCUUGGGAUGACAGUCCUGAAAAUGUGGACGCAGCUCAGCAUGCCCUUGACACCGCCAUAGGAUGGUUCGCCGACCCAAUUUACCUGGGCCAUUACCCACCGUACCUGCGUCAGAUGCUUGGGGAUCGUCUUCCAGACUUUACGGAUGAAGAGAUCCGGUUGGUCCAAGGGUCAUCAGAUUUCUAUGGGAUGAAUACAUAUACAACAAAUUUGUGCCGGGCGGGCGGAGACGACGAGUUUCAGGGAUUGGUCGAUUACACUUUCACGAGACCAGAUGGGUCGCAGCUGGGAACUCAAGCACAUUGUGCGUGGUUACAAGAUUACCCGCAAGGAUUCCGAUCUUUACUCAGUUAUCUAUGGAAUCGGUACCACAUGCCCAUAUACCUCACAGAAAACGGGUUCGCCGUCAAAGAUGAAGAUGCUAUGCCUUUAGAGCAAGCGUUGCUAGACCACGACCGGGUUCAGUACUUCCGCGGAACAACAUCGGCACUUCUGGCUGCUAUUCAUGAGGAUGGUGUAGAUAUACGAGCGUAUUUCCCUUGGAGCUUCCUGGACAAUUUCGAAUGGGCUGAUGGGUACAUCACGCGCUUUGGAGUGACAUAUGUGGAUUACAAUACGCAAGAACGGUUCCCAAAGGAGUCUGCAAAAGAGCUUGUGAGGUGGUUCAAAGAACAUUCAUCGGACGAAGAUACGUUGACGUCGAAAGCUGGCAGUGUCAAGUCGAACGUGAACGUUAAGGCUUCUAGUAUCAACGUUACGGCGAGUCCUGACACGCUGCCGAAGCCGAAGUCACUGAUGAGCAGGAUUAAGGCGUAUGUGGCACGAUGGGUUGAUGCCAUCGUGCGCUUGGUUCAGGUGAAUCGUAAAUGA